CUAGGUAGCGUUUUCGUGAGCGAAAAGAAGAAGGAAUGGAAUCAACUCCACACCGCUGCAAGAGAAGGUGAUAUCAGCAAAAUGGAAUCCCUCCUCUCUGAUGGAAUUUGUAUUGACUCACAAGAAAGCACUCAUAAGACGCCAUUGAUGAUCGCAGCUUUUAAUGGCAAGCUACGGGCUGUUAGAUAUCUGAUUGAAAACGGAGCAGAUAUGUCGAUAGUAGAUAACAGUGGAUGGAACUCGUUACAUUUUGCUUCACAAGGGGGUGACCCUGAUAUGAUUGAUCUGAUAGCCAGUCACGUGGCUGAUAUUGAUUCACUUGCUAGUGAGGCUUUCACUCCGCUUAUGGUUGCCUCUGAUAAUGGCCGUCUCCAGGCCGUGAAGUAUCUUCUAAAAUCGGGAGCAGAUCUCUCGUUGAAAGACGGCAAUGGCUGGAAACCUGUACACCACGCCGCACGAGGUGGCAAUCCCGCCGUCAUAGAACUGUUCCUUUGUGAAGUGGAAGAAAUCGACCUCAGGGCCAACCGAGGUGAAACGCCAUUAAUGAUUGCUGGUUACUAUGGGAACCUCCAGGCUGUAAAGUACUUUCUGGAAAAGGGUGCUGACCCGUCUCUAAAAGACAAGAAGGGAUGGAAUUCGUUGCAUCAUGCCUCAAGAGGAGUGAAUCCCGACGUUAUUGAACUUUUUCUGAGGUGUAUGGCGGAUGAUGCAAUCGACUCCAUGACAGAUCAGUGGUAUACACCAUUAAUGAUCGCUGCUGGAAAUGGUAGGCUUCAGAUCGUAGAAUUUCUCAUGCGAAAAAAUGCAUGUCCGUACGCCCGUGACAGCAAUGGAUAUUCCCCAUAUGACUGGGCUUUGCAUAGUCAAGAACCACGUAUGCUAGAUUAUUUAUUUGAGCGACCCGCAUUGGCGUUUGAAAUUCAAAUUUUUAAAGAGCGUAUGACUGAGUAUUGCGAUUCAUAA